AGCCUCCCCGCCCGCCUCGAGCUCACAUUGGUCCUGGCAGCCUCCCCGCCACACCAACCAACCAAUAGACAGGGCGAUUCCGCGCUCGCAGCCCUGCUGCAGGCCGUCUCGCACUUGUCAUUGGCCACUGCAGCCGCCCCACCCCUCGGCGCGCCAAUGGCUGGGCGGCCUCGCUGGGGCGGGCCGCAGUUCGUGCGCGUGCGCGCUUGGCCUCCCUAGUGCGGACUGGCAGUGCGGGCAGAGCCCCGCUGAGAGGUGCGGCCCUGGAGGAGACGGAGGCCGCGGGUGGGCCCGAGGCGCAAGAGGAAGAUGAGGACGAAGAAGAGGCGCUGCCGCACUCCGAGGCCAUGGACGUGUUCCAGGAGGGUCUGGCUAUGGUGGUGCAGGACCCGCUGCUCUGCGAUCUGCCGAUCCAGGUCACUUUGGAAGAAGUCAACUCCCAGAUAGCCCUAGAAUACGGCCAGGCAAUGACGGUCCGAGUGUGCAAGAUGGAUGGAGAAGUAAUGCCCGUGGUUGUAGUGCAGAGUGCCACAGUCCUGGACCUGAAGAAGGCCAUCCAGAGAUACGUGCAGCUCAAGCAGGAGCGUGAAGGGGGCAUUCAGCACAUCAGCUGGUAAGUGGAACAACAUUCCCUUCAUUAUAGCCCUUCCUGGGGCUAGUGCCCUUCUUGGCACUGUCACCAGGCACCACCUGGAAACAGCUCUCAGCUCUGCAUGAGUACAGCACCACUGAAGUGAUGAGCUCCCUGUCA